GACUCGCAAAAACGAUGCUUUUACGAAUCGGACAACUCUAGCAACAACAAUUGGACGCGAUUGUGUCGAUUUUGUUUGUGCCGCUUUAGUGAUUAAUUUGAGUGUUUACGUUUAGACUGUCGCAGCGUGUAACUGGUUUGAGUUCUCUGUUUAGUUGACUGUGUGAUGUGUUCGGUCAGGUUUAUGGUCCUGUGUGUGGAUGAGUCUGUGGAUGUGUUUUACUCAGACGGGCGCAGACUGCAGCUCUCUCCCUGCGGAUCUGAAUUCAUGAUAGAGAAACACAUAUUACCCUCUGCACACCCGCUACAGCCCAGAGAGAGAGUCAGACAGAGAACAAGAUUCGCCAUCAGCGAGUAUAAGACACUGGUACAGAAUGCUUUUGUGGAAUUCAACAAGCCGUUCACCGGUGCCAUAACUGAGGUGGAGUGGCCCGGGUCUGACUCCUGCACCGCGGGGCCUCAUGGAGAGAUCGCAGUCUGCUCUGUAGAUGGACAUGCCAAACUCGUCCUCUCCUCUUCUGGAGAAGAGUUCACGGUGGAGUUUAUCUGUCGGUCCAGCCAAAACGAAGUAGAGUCACAGUAUCUGCAAGGUCGCCUACACAGAAGUACAUGUUCACUAAGUAGCUUGUUACCAAAAGCUGCCGUGUUUAAGGGUUUAAACCUCUCUGAAGCCUCAGCGGGUGCCUCGAUGGACCGUCUAGGGUCAGUCGUGAAAACCACCGAUACGGAAAGACUGGAACCAACAAGAUUGAAGUCUGGGAAGGUGGACGCGUACACCAGAGUGAUCCAGCAGCAUUCCCGAGCACUUUACCCACAGAUGUGGCGCUAUCCUCUGUCAUUAGCAUUCACGCAUCGGGAAUCACAGAAAACUAAGAUAAACACUGUCAGUGGGCAAGACAGAAAGGGUUUAACAGAGGGAGAUGGUAGACAAACAUCUCAAACAGGGCUGAAAACUCAGCUUCCCAAACCUUUGCCUCUAAAAUGUCCCUCUCCUCAUCAGCACAGAUGGCGAUAUGACGCUGUGAAUCCUGAUUUGCUGGAACAGGAAGAGGAAGUCACAGCUGAGCUGGUGAAAGUGCUCUGGUGUAAAGGCAUCAUAUACCGUAUAAUAGAUGGAGUGAUACCGAUGGUAGAGAUCUCGCCUGGUGAUGGUUCAGUCAUCAGAUCUAAUGGAGUCCUAGCCAAUUACUUCACGCAUCACAAAGCCGGAGCUGCUCACGGAGAUGCGGCCGAGUGUGUGUAUUACCUGUGUGGCCUCCCACCUGAUGUGCCAGGUCAGCUGUAUUCUGUCCAGUCUGUUGUCACGCGGGCCAGCAGGAUUCUGAAAUGCUUCAUCCAGGCCAGGAGCUCGCUGAGGGCCCCGCUUUCUCUUUACUGCUGGAACGAGCAGGCUGCGGUGUGUGAUUGUGUAUGUGUGGUUCAGGAGGUAAUGGUGGCAGGUACGGGAUAUUUUAAAGCGCUCUCCGACGGGACUGUGGAGGUCUUGUUUCUGGAUGGAGUUAGAGCACAGAUGAUGUGGAAGUCUGACACAUAUACACCUGCGCAGUGUGGAGAAAUGGAACAGAAACUCAGGGCAGAAACCAGACCGUCUCACAGGUGGUGCCAGCUCAAUUUGCCAGAUGGGCACCAAACUCUUGUCCAAGUUGAGACAGACCAAACUUAUCAGAGGUAUGUGUCGGCAGUAGUGCAGUGGUGUGACUGGGUGAAACAGACAGAUCAGAGCAUGAGUGCAGUGGGUGUGGCUCUCUCAGACUCCGCCCAUUGUGAAACACCUCAGCCAAUAACGUACAGAUCUGUUAUUUCUGAACUGGAAAAGAUCAAGAGGUUUAACUUUUUGUUGGAGAACAGCCCCGUCCUGCGUCCUACAGGAAGAUCUUUGAGCUGUGAGCGUUUUUCUGACCCACCUGAGAUCAAACUCACGGAGAACUGCAUCUCUGAGGCUCUGCAGAAAACCUCCAGAGCCAUACAGGACAUCGACACGCUCUUAUCAGACAGACCGUAGAACUGAAUGCAGACACAUACAGCUUUCCAGAAAAAUUGUUUGGUUUUAUGGAACUUAUUCAGUGAAAAUGAGUCUCACUAAACCUGUCAAGAACACAUCUGGGUCAUAUUUCACACCAAAACAUAGCAAGAAACUAUAUUUUAUUGUAAAUUAAAUAAAAAAGUCCUGUUUUUUAGCCCCAAUUCCCAUUAUUUUAAA